AUGUUGUUGAAGCACCUAGUCCCAGCCUUGGCCGGGGCCCACCUUGCCACGGCGCAAGAGCUGAUGCGCUUCGGCUGCUCCCAGCUCACCAUCGACCGUAUUGACCCACUCGUGGAACCAGGCAACCUCCCAUCAUCGCAUAUGCACCAAGUCAUCGGAGGCAACUCGUUCAACGCGAGCAUGACACCCGAAAGCCAUGACCCACCCACGGUAUCGACAUGCACCAGCUGCACCUACUCGGAGGACUUCUCCAACUACUGGACCGCCAACGUCUAUUUCAAGGCUCGCAACGGCACCUUCAAGCGCGUACCCCAGGUGAGAAACCUGGGGCUCGGCGUCGAGGCUGGCAUGACGGUGUACUAUAUUCGGGGGUACCAGCCUACUGCGCAGGUUACGGCUUUCCCGCCAGGCUUCCGCAUGCUCGUCGGCGACAGCAUGAACCGUGACGCCAGCAAGGUACCCCACGGCCUCUGCUUCCGCUGCGAGUCCAACAUGGACCAGAAUCCCUUCGGCGGAGCUCCCUGCACGGGCUCGGACAUUCCCGGCUUCCCCAAUCAGGCCUGCGGCGGCGGCUGGCGCGUCACCGUCACCUUUCCCUCAUGCUGGGACGGCAAGAACACCGAUAGUCCCGACCACAAGUCGCAUAUCGCCUACCCCGCCUCGGGCACCUUCGAGAGCGGUGGUGCCUGUCCGUCGACUCACCCCGUCAAAAUCCCGCAAGUCAUGUACGAAAUUAUUUUCGAUACGAGGCAGUUUAACAACAAGGCGGAUUGGCCUGCUGAUGGGUCGCAGCCUUUCUACUGGAGCAUGGGCGAUAACACCGGCUAUGGCAUCCACGGCGACUAUCUCUUCGGCUGGAAGGGCGACGCCCUUCAAAGGGCCAUGGACGGCAAGUGUUCCGGUGACCGAUGCAGCCCGCUGCAGAGGCAGACUGACCAAGCUGCCAUCAACUGCGUCAAAGGUCAAAGUGCUCCUGAGAAUAUCGGCGACGACCAAUGGCUCACUUCACUACCUGGGCUGCAGAUGUAAGGGGG